GCCUCCGCGCAGGCGCCACCCCCACGCCGCCCCAGGCUUCCUCUCGCGGAGGAAGUGGAGGACUCCGGUCUCAGGCCGCCCCCUAAGGCCGACCGAGCGGGGCAGAGGGGGUGGAGCCCAACGGCCCCGACGCCGCCGGGUCGCCUAGCAACGCCCCCACGCGGAGCCAUGCAGGCGCGCGGCAGCAGGGAGCUGGAGGCCAGGAAUUACUUGGAAAAACACCGGAUUAUGGAGUUGCUGAACUAUCUCACCAGCACCCUGCUCUUUUUCCGGCCGGAAAAACCAAGAGAGUAUUUAAUAUCUAUAUUGGAACGACUGAGAAUUGCCAAAGUAACAGGCGUGGCUUUUCCUUUCUUUAUGGAUCACUCUAACAUCGUGUCUAUGUUUGAGAUGAUGGACACUUCACAUAAAGGCACCAUAUCAUUUGUCCAGUACCGAGAAGGCCUGAAAACCCUGGGUCUGUUGGAUGAAGAUGAAGUUUUACAAGAUGAUGGACAUGUGAUAACUUUGGAAAAAUUCAGAUCUGAAGUGAACAAGAGGACUCAGAAAAUAUGGUCAGCAUUUUAAUAACACUGUAAGUUCAAGAUAAUAAAUGAUUCUAUAAAGUU